AUGGUGCCCGCCGAGCGGAUGGCCGGAGGCGGCGUGGGCAAGGGCGCCAUGCCCACCCGCGAGGAGUCCCUGCAGGCCGCCGCGGCCAGCCCCUUCCACGGGGUCGACCCGCAGGUGCUGUCCCAGAUGCUGUCCUUCUCCUCCCUCAGCCGCAGCCCCUCCGACAUCCUCCACGCCUUCCCUGCCCUCUGGGACACGCCCUUCAUCCCCAAGUCCCAGCUCAUCUUCGUGCGCCAGAUCGGCCAGGGCAGCUUCGGCCGCGUCUUCAAGGGCAUCCUCUACGAGCAGGACGUGGCGAUCAAGGAGCUCACCGUGCGCAACGUGGUGGACGCCUUGGGCGAGAGCGCCCCCGAGCCCCGGUUAGAGACCGGGCCCGGCGCCAGCGGCGACGCGGACGCCUCGACGAUCGCCGGCAACCUGCUGGCGCUAGAAAAGGAGGUCUCCGUCCUGCGCACGCUGAGGUUUCAGAAGGUGGUGAUGUUCCUGGGCGUCUGCCUGGACCCGCCAUGCAUCGUGACGGAGUACUGCGCCCGCGGGUCGCUGUUCGACGUGCUGGCGCGGGCCAAGGAGCGGCCGGAGGCCAACGGCAAGCGGCUGACGUGGAAGCGGCGGAUGGGCAUGGCGCUGGACGCCGCCAAGGGGAUGAACUACCUGCACUGUCACAUACCCACGGUGGAGCACAGAGACCUGAAGAGCCCGAACCUGCUGGUGGACGAGCACUGGGGCGUGAAGGUGGCCGACUUCAACACAUCGAAGUUCAUCGAUCCUAUCGUGGCAACGGCAUCAGUCUGUGCCAACAACCCUCGGUGGUUGGCCCCGGAGGUGCUAGAGAGCAACCUCCAUACAACUGCUUCUGACGUGUACCCCUUUGGCAUCAUAAUGUGGGAGCUACUCACAUGGGAGCAACCAUGGGAGCAGGACAAUGUGAAUACCUUCCAGAUACUGCAGUUUGUGUUGAGGGACGACCUCCGGCCACAAAUUCCCCCCAAGGAGGAGCUCCCAGGGGAUGCGCUGCCUGAUGACCUGUACACAGACUACCUAGCGCUGAUGAGGGAGUGUUGGGACAAGGAUCCCUGCAGACGCCCAAGUUUCCAAGACAUAGUGGUUCGCCUGCAGCACAUGAUGGGUGCCCUUGGCCACAUUGCAAGAGCGGAGAGCCAGACUCAGGAUGCUGCCAAGAGUGUUCCCCCAAUGCCUUCGCCGAUGCCAGUGCACAAGCAGCAUUCACCAAGGACCCAGGUUCAUUCUGCAACACCUUUUGCAUCUGGACCGUUUGCUGGUGGACCCCCAAGUCCUCCAGAGCCUGAACCUUGUGGCAUUCCGAAGCACCUUGACACUGGCAAUGCUGACAUAGCCUCAAGGCUGCGACGCAGUGCCAGCACUGGCCAGAGGUGUUGGCAGUCUCUAAGGGAGUUAUUCGCCACUGAGAGGAAGGAGGAGGGACAUUCCGAGAACUGGACGACCCUCAUGCACCUGUUGAUGGAUGCACCGAGCCUCGGUGCACAUCCAGAUGGAGCAAGUGAAGGGGAGUCUCAGGACGGUGUCAGCUUGAGCCUGAGUGACAAGGAUAUGCCAGAAGUUCCUGGGUCUGUCACGAUGGGUUCGCCCCUGGGGAAGGGCGAGCCAAAAACGCUUAAGAAGGGUUCCAAGUGGAGGGUGGUGCAGAGCGUUCUGGGUGAGGACAUCAAGCCCAAGGGCUGGCACAAGGGCUGGCAGGUUGUCAAGGAAGUGCUGCAGAGCGAAGGCAGCGGCAUCACAGAAGAGGCGAUACAGGAGGCGAUUGAGCAGUCACAGAAACGUGCGUCAAGAGCGAAGGCUUCAGGCCGGCCCCCACGGUCGCCGCUGAAGCGAAAAACAUCGGGCAAGUGGGGAAUUGUGAGGGAUUUGAUGUGCACUGAGGAUGUGUACCCAGCACAUCCAGGCUGGGAUUUUUUGAGGUCUGUUGUGAAGGAGAAUGCGGCAGGGGCUGGGGCUAGUCCAGGUGAUGCUGUUCUGGCCAGCGGGGCGGAGGGGCAAUCGGAGGCAGGGGCACAGGAGAAGCUUCCUGAGGGCGACAAGACUGGGAAGGCCCCAGGGAAGAAAACUUCAAAGCGGUGGGGGGAAUUGAGGGGCAUGCUACUUGGGGAGAUGGAUGAACGGCCAAAAGCACAGCAACCUUUGCACCCUGGCUGGCAAGUGCUGCAGGAAGCUUUGGGAAUGGAUGGCGACGGCGGGGAGACGCAGCACCCAUCGCCAAGGCCGAGCUUCGGUGACCAGUCCGCCUCCGACUCUCCACCUCCUGAGCCCCGCACGCCGACCAUUGAGGAGUCAGCGACGUCGUCCUCGGGCGACGUUGCCCGUUCCAAGCAUCCGGUGCCGCCAAAGGCGGAAGAUGCGCCACAGGUGUCCACCGGCUGGGGCAUCCUCAGGCAGGUCUUGAAGACGGAGGAGGGUUCGGCGAUUGCCAAUCGCUGGGAAUUUCUGGAGGACUUGCUCAAGGACAAGCUGUCGUCGUCUGGGUCUUCUGACGCCGAUCAUCCGACGUCUCAGGGUGGAAUGGAGUCGGCGCCCGCAACACCAGCCCCCCCCAAAAGGAAGCUACAGAAGAAGGGGGGUGUCUCGAAACACUGGAAGAAGGUGAAGGAUCUGCUGAUUGUGGACACGGAUCCACCCUCCCCUGAGAAGUGGCACUUCCUCAAGGAGUGGCUCACGGGCGACGACGACCUGGGACCUGAGUGGCACGAGCUGCGCGACUUCGCUGCACGGAUCAAGGGGGUUCCAGAGGGGCCCAACUGGAACAUCUUCCGCACACUGUUCUUCGAGGACACGAGGAUCAGAUCCCACCCGCACUGGAGCUUCCUUAAGGACCUCCUGGUGAAGGACGCGCACCCGUCGAAGAAGGAGUUGAGAGACGCAGCGACUGCAUUCAAGACAAACCAGGUGCGGCGUUUGUUCAGCGACCCCCGCAAGCCCAUCAACGAGUCGCAGUGGGGGGCGCUGCGGACGCUCAUGAUGAACAAUGCCAACGACACGCGGGACAUGGAAGAGCUGCGGGAGUACGCGAUGGAGAAUGAGGCGCCGCCCGUCAAGGCAGGCGGCGUCAAGUCCAACUGGGAUGACAUCUUGCAAGUGUUGGGCAGUGGGAGGUGUUGA